GGGUGUGAGAAUUUUCUGAGUGUAUACACAGCAUCUAUAUUUUCCAUCUAUCAUCAUGUCAUGGAACAAUGAAAGUAUUGAGGCCUUAUGCAAACUCAACGGAGUCGAAUUCCGAGAAACAGUGAAUAAGAGCUUUGCGAAGAUGUUACAAGAUACUGAACCUGAAGUGGUGUUACAGCCUGCAAGCGUUACGAAUACGAAGUUCAAGGGACCAAAGUCAGAUAUUCCCAUUCGUAUCUACACGCCCGAUAGUGACGGUUGCGUGAAAUUGCCUGCUGUCGUGUUUUACAGGGGUGGAGGAUUCAUCAAUGGCGGGUUAGACAGCCACGACUCUACUUGCCGAAGACUUUGUGUGAAAUCUGGAGCUGUGAUUAUCUCCGUGGAUUAUAGGGUAGCGCCUGAGCAUCCAUUCCCUGCUGCAGUAGACGAUUGCUAUGCCGCUUUACAGUAUGUGCAUCAGAACGCGGACGCUCUAAAUAUUGAUGCCAGCAGAGUUGCUGUAGCUGGUGAUAGUUCCGGCGGCACUCUCACUGCCGUUGUAACCAUUAUGGCACGAGACAACAAUGGCCCUUCAAUCAAGUUCCAAUGUCUCAUCUACCCUCCUACAGACUUCACAACUGACUACAGUAAGCACCAACCUCAUGAAGGUGCAUUGUUAAGACGGGAAACCAUUAACUUACAAGAUAACUACCUUCAGGACUACAAUCACCGUGAAGACAUCCGUGUAUCUCCAUUGAAGGCAGAUCUCACUGGACUUCCAUCAGCAUGGGUUUUUGUUGCUGAAUACGACCCUUUGACACCUGAAAGCAUCGCUUACGUUGAAAAGCUCCAAAGUCAAAGCGUAUCUGUUGAAUUGGUGACUGCUCCAGGCGCAGACCACGGUAUCUUUACUUUUCCCAGCAACCUUUCCCCUGAUACUGUUCGGUAUCAAGAAGCAGCAGCAGCAGCAAUUAAGAAGGCGCUUUCUUAGCUGGCCAUAGUCGCCCUUUGAACUACCCUCUAAUUAUAAUUUUUUUCUCAUCAAAUCGGGAUAUGUGAAAUAUCGCACGAUGACAGGCGACGGA